GCGUCAAUGGCGGAGCUCCGCAGCAGAACAGGACCGCAGAAGAGGCCACGAGGAUGUCAAUAGAGGCAGAGGUGUUACUGCAGGAGGCGAAGGAGAGCAUCGAGGCAGCCCAGAACUACAGGAGCGAGCUACAGCAGAGACUGCAUGGACUCAGCCAGGCAAGCAAACAGGUGCGGGGCAGUGCCAGUCAGACACGUGAGGUUCUGCAGCGGCACUUUCAGGAGCUGCAGACGGCAAUGAGCAGACUGCUGACUGAGAGGCUGAAUACUCUGAUGCUGAAGGUGGACAACAUCGAGCAGGACAGCAUCAAUCCUCUAGAUGACUGUCAGAAGCUCAUUGAGCAUGGAAUCAGCACAGCCGAUGAGCUGCUUAGGGAGGGGGAGGCUGCCAUUCGCUGUGGUAUAAAUGAGAGGGAGGAAAAGCUGGGCAUCUUCACCAAGAAAGCUCUGCAGAUUCAGCUGGACAGCCUACCCGAGGUACCUGCGUUGGUGGAUGUGCCAUGUCUUUCUGCACAGCUGGAUGACUUUUUGCUACAUAUGUUCCGUACGCACGUGAUUGGACAUGGCAGCGUGGCCUCUCAUCCACCCGUUCAGAUUGAAGAGCUGGUGGAGAGACCAGGUGGCGUGCUGGUGCGCUGGUGCAAGGUAGACGAUGAUUUUAGCCCUAAGGAUUACCGGCUGCAGUACCGUCAGGGUAACUCUUCUCAAUAUGAGGAAGCAUACAUCGGGAAGGACACAGAAUUCCUUGUUCUGAACCUUGAUCCGCACAUGGACCACCUGUUCCGUGUGUGUGCCAGAGGGGAGGGCCGGACCGAAUGGAGCCCAUGGAGCAUCUUGCAGACAGGCUACACCACGCUCGUGCCCCACGAAUGGCGUCCAGGCGUGGAUGGGUACAUUUUAAGCAGUAGAAAGAACAUCGCCAUGCGCAGUGACUCAUCGCCAGGUCACAGGGGUGUGCUCUAUUCCAACUCUCCCACCUACUUCUGUGGCCAGACGCUCACCUUCAAGAUCACUGCUGCAGGGGAGACAGAUAAGCGUGACAGUUUGGGUGUGUGCGCUGACAUUGGAACUGGCACAAAUUCACUGCAGAGGGACCAGGCUGUCUGUAUAUCCACCAAUGGUGCUGUGUUUGUGAAUGGAAAGGAGAUGACCAACCAGUUGCCAGCCAUCACUGUUGGCUCAUCUGUGACCUUUGACAUGGAAGUGGUCAACGUUUUUCCUGUGAGCAUCAACAAUAACCCUAGUGAUGGAGGAAACUUCAAACUGAGGGUGACGAUUGGCUCUGGGAAUAGAGAAGUGGUGUUUGAUUGGCUGCUCGAUCAGGUUGUGGACAGCCUGUUCUUUGGCUGCUCCUUCACGCACCCUGGAUGGAAAGUGCUGGUGUUUUGAUUCUGUUUAAAUUAAAAAGCAUGAUGAAAUAUCCAGUCUGCUGGAAUGUACUGCAUCGAUGUACUCCGUUCUGAUUUCAAGACCUCAAGUUCUUUUUAAUCCUGUCAAACUUGCUUCAAGUUCCAACAGAGCUUGCAGUUUUUCAACAUUUUCAGUCAUUUUGCCCUUCUAAACUGUUAUUGUUUCUAGUUUUAAUUAUGAGUACCACAGAUCACUGCAUAAUAAUAUGUAACUUUCUUUGUCCUGUGGUAUGAUGCCAACCACUACUCUCUCUAGCCUCAUUACAUAUAUACCUGCCUUUCACAGGUGUUGUGAUCUUUGUGUAGCAGAGCACAAUUGAACACAAGAUGUAUUUGUUACAUGUUAAAACAGUCUUAUAAAGUCCUUUGCUUGCAGGUGUUGAGCUGCAAAGCAUGCUUGGUUCACCACUGAAAAAUGAUUCUACUGUGAAGAGCUCUGAGAUCAAAGUGUAAAACUUUGUGCUUCACAACAAAUGGCAGCUAUUGUGCUCAGACCAUCUUUUCUUCCAUUAAGUCAGAUGCGCAGAGUACCUGUAUGAUUUAAAAGGACAAUUGGACUCAUUAUAUAGUACUUGCUUAAGUGUCCUAAACAGUACUGAAUUUCAUUUUUCCAUCAUUAAAGGAAGGUGUGAAUGAUUUAGUCUUUUCACAGCUUCCUGGUGAGAACACUGAUCAGUAGAUACGAAGGCAAUUCGCACUAAGCCUAAAUGUUGUGCCAUUUCUACAACAAAAUAUUUUUUGUCCUCUUGGCUCUUACUGUACCAUUUCAUGCUUUCAUAAGGUGGCCCAAAUUUAUUUAAUGAAUAGGUGACCCACAAAUUUUAAUUCUGUCAUAAUUUACUCACCCUUAUGUUGUUCCAGGUACGUAUGACUUUUUUUCUUCUCUGAAACACAAAAGGAGACGUUAGACAACAUGUUACUUUCAGUCACCAUUCACUUCCAUUGUAUAAGUGAUUGGUGACGGAGACUAACAUACAAACAUAUUUUGUAUUUCACAAAAUAUAAAGGUCAUAUGAGUUUGGGACAACAUGAGGGUGUCAUGACAGAAUGUUCAUUUUUGCAUUAACUAUCCCUCACAUCUUCAAAUACAGUAAUGAAAUUUGCAUAAUGUUGAAGCAACGUCAUGUUUGAAGGGUGAAAAACAUUAUUUGACCCACACAAAGACUAGAGGCCAUGCACCCAGUACUUCAAUGUUGCUGAGAUGGACAAACGGUACUAUAUUAUUCCUCACUGCUACAUUUGUGCAGCCACACACACAAGGAUACACCCACAGUUUGGAUUAUUUAACUAUAUUAUUUAAAAAAAACUGAGCUUAAUGUACUGUAUAUUUACCUAAUUUUGCCUGUGCCUUCGCAAUACAGCUGUAAGAAUACAACUUAACAGCAAUUUA